ACGACCCGAAGAAAGCAAGGAUUCACCCAAAUUUCUCAUAGAAUAGGGAGGCAGAUUUCAACGUCUUUUGAACAAAAUGAAAAAGGAGGCAGAUUUCGAUUUACUGUGUGAAAAGAGAUGGAGAGUGAUGCUUCGUCUGACAGCUAACACCGCAGGGUUCGUAAUACUAAACUCCAGGAAUGAAAGUGAGGAUAUCAAAACAAUUGUUGACAAAGUUUCACAUUUGCUAAAUAAGUCAGACUUGUUUAUUGCACAUAAUCCCGUGGGAAUUGAAUCUCGAGUGCAAGAUGUCAUUCAACUUCUACCCAUUCAAUCAAAUGAUGUUUUACUACUAGGGAUGUGGGGCAUGGGGGGAAUUGGCAAAACAACCAUCGCAAAAGCCAUUUACAAUAAAAUUGGCUGCAAUUUUGAAGGUAGGAGCUUCAUUGCUAAUAUUAGGGAAAAUGGGGAGAAAAUUAAUGGACUAGUGAGUUUACAAGAGCAACUUCUAUUUGAUAUCUGCAAAGAAACGACAAUCAAGAUACCAAACAUUCAGUCAGGAAUAACAAUGUUACGGUCUAGACUCAGCUUAAAAAAAGUACUCAUUGUACUUGAUGAUAUAAAUAAGUUAGAACAACUGCAUGCUUUCUGUGGAAGUUUUAGAUAUCCAGAAUGGUUUGGUCCAAGGAGUAUAAUAAUUAUCACAACCAGAGAUAAGCGUUUACUUAAGGGGAGAGUUGAUAAAAUAUACGAUAUGUCAAUAAUGACUGAAAGUGAAUCACUAGAGCUUUUUAGUUGGAAUGCGUUCAAGCAAGCAAGUCCUAUGGGAGAUUUUGAUAGAAUUUCCAGAAAUGUAGUUAAAUAUUCUGAGGGAUUGCCGCUAGCCCUUGAAGUCCUUGGGUCGUAUUUGUAUCAUAAGACGGAAUCAGAGUGGAAACUUGUAUUGGAGAAACUCCAAAGAAUUCCUAAUAACCAUGUGCAGAAUAAGUUAAGAAUAAGUUAUGAUGGUUUAAAUGAUGAUGAUGAGCAAGAAAUAUUCCUUGAUAUAGCUUGUUUCUUUAUUGGGAUGGAUCGAAAUGAUGUUAUACUUAUAUUGAAAGACCGUGGACUUUCUGCUGAAAUUGGAAUACGUGUCCUUGUUGAGCGAAGUCUUGUGACUGUUGAUGAUAAGAACAUUCUUGGAAUGCAUGGUUUGAUGCGAGAUAUGGGAAGAGAAAUCAUUCGUGAGGAAUCACCAUGGAGGCCCGAGGAGCGUAGCAGGUUGUGGUUUUAUGAUGAUGUGAUUGACGUAUUAUCAAAACAAAAUGGAAAAGAAGGUGUUUUGGGUUUGGCUUUAAAGCUGCCUAUAGCUAAUGCAAAAUGUUUUAGCACUAAAGCAUUUGAGAAGAUGGAGAGACUCCGAUUCCUUAAACUUGAUGAGGUAUUACUUGUUGGAGAUUUUGAAUAUGUUUCUAGAGACCUGAGAUGGCUGUCAUGGAAUGGAUUAAGUCAAAUUCCUAGAAACUUUUUUAGAGAAAAUUUAGUUUCUAUCGAAUUGGAGAACAGUCAAGUCAAACUUCUAUGGAAGAAAACUCUGAGGAUGGAGAAGCUGAAAAUUCUCAAUCUUAGUCAUUCUCACUUUCUCACACGAAGCCCCGACUUUUCAAACAUGCCUAAUCUUGAAAAGCUAGUACUUAAAGAUUGUCCAUUGCUGUCUAAGAUUUCUCCAAGCAUUGGACAUCUCAAUAAAAUUCUUCUAAUAAAUUUGGAAGAUUGUAGUGGCCUACGUAGCCUCCCAAGAAGCAUCUAUAAGUUGAAAUCUUUGAAAACUCUCAUUCUUUCAGGUUGUGUACAUAUUGACGAGUUGGAAGAAGAACAAAUAGAAUCUUCAACCACUCUCCAUGAAAAUAUAACUCCAAUAACAAGAGUAUCCUUUUUAGUAAUAAGGUCAAAAAGCAUUGGAUAUAUUUCUCUGUGCGACUGUGAGGGAUUUUCACGUUAUGUGUUUCUAUUUAUCAUUUGGCUUUGGAUGCUGAGAUAUGCAUUGAUUUGUAUAUAAUUAUGUAUUCAUUACGAUUGAUUGUUUAUUGAUUUACCCUCCUAAUCAAGGGAUACUUGUUGUACAAUAUUCAAUAUAA